AUAUAAAAUGUAUUAACUUAAUGAAAAGCUCAGGGGCAGGCUGGAGUUAAUCCCUGUGGCUCUCUGAGCCCUCCAGCAGGAUGGAUGUUACAGCCUGGGAAAAGGAACCAGUCACUGGGAGCAGGAGCUCUGCCUAGAGAGAGUGGCUCUGGGGGCUAGCGAAGCUGGGAGAUUGGAACGGCUCAGAAACGACUCCACAGGACACCACAGACCCAGCUACGAUGACAGGGAAGAUUCCCUCGUUCUCCCCCGGCUCCACAGCGAGCUCCGCUCUGCCCGGCUACGUCGCUCUCUGCCUCGCUCUACAGGUUCACAGGCUGCCGUCAGCACAAUUCACAGUGACUGGACCUGACCAUCCAAUCGCUGCCUCCCUAGGUGGGGAGGCCAUCCUGCCCUGCCACCUCUCCCCCAGGAUGAGCGCUGAGAACAUGGAGGUGAGAUGGUUCCGAGCGAAGUACUCGCCGGUUGUUCACCUGUACCGUUAUGGGCAGGAUCAGUAUGGAGAGCAGAUGCUGGAAUAUCGAGGAAGAACUGAGCUCUUGAAAGACGACAUCACCAAUGGGAGUGUUUUGCUGAGAAUACGCAAUAUCCGACCCUCUGAUGAUGGACAGUACAAGUGUUUUUUUCAGUCCAGUGACUCUUACGAAGAAGCUUUAUUGGAACUGGAGGUGGCAGGUUUGGGCUCUGCUCCUGUCAUCUCUGUGGAGGGACAUCAGGAUGGAGGGAUCCGGGUUAUAUGUCGAUCAGCCGGAUGGUACCCAAAGCCCGAGGUGCUGUUGAGAGAUCUCCAGGGUCAGAACUUACCAUCAGCCUCUAAAAACAUAUCCCAAGAGGCCAAUGACCUGUUUCAAACAGUGGUUGCCACUGUUAUAACAGAAGAAUCCAAACAGAAAUUGUCCUGCAGUGUCAGGAACCCGCGACUCAACCAGGAGAGAGAGUCAGCAAUUUCCAUAGCAGAACUGUUUUUCCCCAGGGUCAAUCCCUGGAUGGUGGCUCUGGGUGUGAUCCUGACUCUCCUGGCUGUUCUCAUUGGCCUGGCCAGUUACUGCUUCUGGAGGCAACACAGAGUGAAAGAGAUGCUGCAAUCUGAACUGGAGAGUGAGAAAGCCACAGGUCGUGCAGAGAAAGAAACGCUGCGAUCUGAACUGGAGAACGAGAAAGCCGCACGUCGCGCAGAGAAAGACAAACUCCAGGCUGAGCUCAGGUGGAGACGCGCCCAGAUCUACUCAGUGGAUGUGACUCUGGAUCCAGACACGGCUCAUCCCAAACUCGUCCUGUCUGAGGAUCGGAAACGUGUGAGACUCGGAGACACAUGCCAGGAUCUGCCCAACAACCCUGAGAGAUUUGAUCCUUGUAUCUCCGUCCUGGGCGCUGAGGGGUUCGCGGGCGGGAGGCGUUACUGGGAGGUGGAGGUGGGAGACAAGACAGGCUGGGUACUGGGGAUUUGUAGGGAAUCUGUGAGCAGGAAGGGGUUGGUCACACUCUCACCUGGGAAUGGAUACUGGGCCGUGUGGCUGAGGGAUGGGGGAUACAAGGCCCUCACCUCCCCCACGACACCCCUCCCCGUGAGCGUCAGGCCCAGCCGGGUGGGGAUUUUCCUGGACUAUGAGGCGGGCGAGGUCUCGUUUUACAAUGUGACUGACAGGUCCCAUCUCUUCACUUUCACUGGCACCUUCUCCGGGAAGCUCCGCUCUUAUUUCAGUCCCUAUCUCAACACUGGGGGUACAAACGCGGCUCCCCUGAUAAUCUGCCCGGUCCCAGCUCAGGCCGGAGGGAAUCUCGGUCCCUGACAGUGACCCCGCGGCACAGACUGGCCCCUCCCAGCCCUGCUGCUCUUCCCACCCCCAGUGGUGGGGGCCAGUUACUGCAGCAACUGGACUUUCUGUGCUGACCGGACGCUUCCAGUUUCCCUUUUCAACUGGAGGUUCCAGUCGGAAACCAGACACUUGGUAACCCCCAGCCCCCACCUUUCCCGUCCCCUGCCCCAGGGGUAGCAGAUGGUGGGGGAUGGGGUCAUUCACUCCUGUCAGAAUUUCUACCGCUGUGAAAUCUCAAUGUAAAAUAUGAAAGAAAAAAUAUUAUUUUAAUUUAGAAAAUAUUAUUGUAACAAGGUGUAAAUACAAAGAAUAUUUUAAUUUAUAUUUCAACAGAAUUUCAAACUCAAGCAUCUAAACACGU